GCUAGUAGUAAUACCACAUUUUCCGGUUAACCUCAAGACUAAAAGAUACGUUCUAUCUUUUGGCUGCACACCUUGUAUAGAUACUUCUACCAAAAGUUUUAUUCAUUAUAAAAUAAACAAACAUGUCUAAGAAAUUAAAAAAGAGACCUAUCAAUAAAAAUAUUAUGAUAGAAAAAUCUGAGAAAGCAGAUGGUAAAGAUUUGUCGUCAUCACCUCCAAAGAAACAAAAACUCGAAAUAGUUUCUGAUACUAAUGUAAUAACUAAAAAAGCACAAAGUAACGUUAACUUAAAUAAAAAUAAAAAGGAUAAGAAUAAAAAUAAAAAGGACGUAACUUCUCCUAAAAUCAAAGAUAACUUGGAAAAUGAAAAUGAUGAUGCUCCAACUGUACUGAGUAUAUCGAGAAAGGACAAACUUUUAUCAAAGAAAUCGAAUAAAGACAAAAAUAAGCCACUCUCUAAUGAACAAACUACAAAGACUACAUUAACUAUUGAACAAGUACAAGAAAAAAUCAAAGAAUUAAAAAGUAGAGACACUUUAUCUAAAACAGCUAAGAAAAAGUUAGCUAGUUUAAAUAAAAUAUUGGAAAUAAAAAAGAAAGAUACCGUAAAAGAAUCAAAUGACACCAAUGAUAAAGGUAAAGAAUAUAAACGUGCUUCUUUACCCAAUGGCCAUACACUCGUAAUUUACGAUAAUACGACAAAGAAUGUUUCAAAUAAAAAAGGCAAAGAGAAAGUUGGCAAAGUUGGAAAAGAUACAAAAUUGCAAACCGCUAAAUCUGCCAAUAAGAAGAAGUCUAAGGAACAGAAAAUUGCUAAACAAGAUGAGGAUGAGGAUGAUGAUGAUGAUGAGGAGGAGGAGGAUGAGGAGGAUGAGAAUGAGGAUGAGGUUGAGGUUGAGGAUGAGGAUGAGGAUGAGGAUGAGGAUGAGGAUGAGGCUGAGGAUGUAGAUGAAGAAGACGAAGACGAAGAUGAAGAUGAAGAUGAAGAUGAAGAUGAAGAUAUGGAAGAGCCUAAAGUAGAAAAAAAGAAACAAAUUCAAGUUAAAUCUAAAAAACCACUUAAUAAAGUGAAACAAGUAAAAGAGGAUGAUGACGAGGAUGAUGACGAGGAUGAUGACGAGGAUGAUGAUGAUGAUGAUGAUGAAAAUGAGAAAGAAGAGGAAGAAGAGAACGAAGAAGAAGAAGAAGAAGGCGAUGAUGAUGACAAAAAUGAAGAUGAAGAAGAAGAAGAUGAUGAUGAUGAUGAUGAUGAUGGUGAUGAUGAUGAUAACGAUGAAAAUGUAAAUGUAAAAACAAAAGGAAAAGGAAAAGAAGGCAAAGAAAAAGAGGCAGAUAAAAAAUUAAAGAAGAAUGAAACUGCAAAUAACAAAAACCAACCACCCAAGAAAAAGAGAUUUGUUCUCUAUGUUGCAAAUAUACCAUACAGUAUUACUACAAAUGAAGUAAGAAAUCAUUUUCUAACAAAAGUCAAUUCUGUAGCCGAUGUUAGAAUACCUAAAAAAAUAGGCUCCAAUCAAUCUCGAGGAUUUUGUUAUGUCGAACUCGAAAAUCAAGAAGAUUACGAGAAAGGACUAUCAUUGCAUCGUUCACUUCUUCAGAACCGAAUGUUGACCGUAGAAUACACCACUGAUUCUAAACGCGAUAAUGCAAAACAAAUCAUCACAGCUAAAAACAAAAAAUUGGCUGCUCUGAGAGACCAAGGAAAAUUAGCUGGAAGUCAUAAAAAAACAGACAAGAAGUUUAAGAAAGGAUUUAAAAAAAUGUAGAGUCAUCAACGACAUAGAAAUAUUACAUUAGAAACAAUAACAAAAUAUAAUUAAUUGUAU